AUGGCAGCCUCCAUGUAUAUGAAGUGCUGUUGGCGUUUAUACUGUAAUUAUGAUGCAUUUUUAAUGUACAAAUAUCCAAAUAAGUAUCAUGCUUUGUGUAUUUCGUUAUUUAGCACAUCACGUAGUGUCUCUGAAAAACAAACUGCUUACAGGGAUGACGAAAAUGACGAGCUGAGUGUCGUUAGAGACGUGUCUGGUUUGAAAGGAAAUCUUCGUAGGCGAAUUCACAACGAAAUGCCGGAGAUUAUUAACAGCUACCAAGAGAGCCUGCGAUACCAGAGACGACGGUAUGCCAAAUUCGGUUCACAGUCUGAUGUCGACCCACGAAUAAUGUGGCCAAGUAAAUCAGAACUCGCACAAAUCAUUGAAGACGAGAAGAUGUGGGAACCAACAUUAGAAAUGACCUUGAAAGCAGUUCAUGAGAAACGGCUAGAACAAGAAAAGAAACAAAGAUUACGAGAGGAAAAAGUGGAACAGAACAUGCAAAAAAUGUCUAAGUGGAUUGAGGAAUACCAUCACCGAAAAGAGGAAGUUGUUGAACAGCAGAAGAAAAGAGAGGCGAAGAAAGCCAAGUUACUGGAGGAAGCACAGGCAUUUUUUGGUUACAAAGUUGACCCCAGAGACAAAAAGUUUAAAGAACUGAUGGAAAAGAAAGAGCUUGAAGAAAAGAAAUUAGCUAAGAAGAAAAGGAAGCAGUCAAAGCUGGAGAGAUUAACCUCUAAGUUUGAAGCUAUGUCACAAGAGACAUAGGACUGAGAUGUUUUCUUUCUAUAUAUCAGUGUUCUCGAUGCUCCAUUUAAGCGGGGCGCCCCGUCCUGCUAUUCCAUUUUGCCGCCCUCCUUUCACGUUCUCCGCCCUCCUUUAUUUUCCAGCACCUAUCUCCGCUAUUUCCAUAUGCACUUUUUUCCACACA